AUGGCUGUACAAAAGCAUAUGUACCCAUUCAUCAUCAUCAUCAUCCUCUCCUUCAUUUCAUGCAACACCAGCCUUCGUGAUGGUCCAUCUCAUAGCAAAUACGUUCAAGAAGAAUCUGGGUUUGACUUUGAGAACUCAGCCAAGCUACAAACUGGAAUAUAUGGUUUUAAGACGUUUCAGAGGCUGGCAGCUUCUGCUAACACAAUCAAUGUAGAUGAUUUUGGAGCCAAAGGUGAUGGAACUCAUGAUGACACACAGGCAUUUCAGAUGGCUUGGCAAAAGGCUUGUUCAUCAACAGGAGCUAUCUUGGUGGUACCUCAGAAAAAGAACUACCUUCUUAAGCCAAUUAGAUUUUCUGGUCCUUGCAAAUCUAAGCUGACAAUGCAGAUUUAUGGAACCAUUACAGCAUCUAGUGAUCGAUCAGACUACAAUACACAAGACAAACAUUGGCUUAUGUUUGACAGCAUCCAAAAUCUAAUAGUUGAAGGAGGUGGAGUUAUUAAUGGCAAUGGGAAGAUAUGGUGGCAAAAUUCCUGCAAAAUCAAUAAAGCUCUUCCAUGCAAGGAUGCACCAACGGCUUUAACCUUCUAUAAUGGCAACAAUUUGAUUUUAAAUAACCUAAAGAUCCAAGAUGCACAGCAAAUUCAUGUUUCUUUUGAGAAAUGUGUGAAUGUCCAAGCCUCCAAUCUCAAGGUGACCGCACCUGCGACAAGCCCCAACACUGAUGGAAUACAUGUUACAGACACUCAAAACGUCCAGAUUUCUAAUUGUGUUAUAGGAACAGGGGAUGAUUGCAUUUCAAUUGUGAGUGGAUCCCAAAAGGUGCAAGCUACUGCCAUAACUUGUGGACCAGGUCAUGGAAUCAGCAUCGGAAGCUUAGGUUCUCAAAAUUCAAAAGCUUAUGUUUCUGACGUAACAGUGAAUGGAGCAACAUUUUAUGGAACAGAAAAUGGAGUCAGGAUCAAGACAUGGCCGGGGGGAUCUGGAAGUGCAAGUGGCAUAAAAUUUCAGAACAUUGACAUGCACGACGUUACGAACCCCAUAAUCAUAGACCAAAACUAUUGUGAUCAAGAUAAAUCAUGUCCACAGAAGAGCUCAACUAUUCAAGUGAACAAUGUGAUCUACCAGAAUAUCAAAGGAACAAGUGCUUCUGAUGUGGCUGUAAAUCUUGACUGCAGUAAUAGCUUUCCUUGUCAAGGAGUUGUGUUGCAAAAUAUCAACAUAGUAAAACAGGGAGGUGGAGAAGCCAAAGCUCUAUGCACCAAUGUUAGUUUGAAGAAACUAGGAGCUGUUUUACCACAAUGCACUUAA